GCCCCGGGCGCUCACGUGCCCGCGCGCUCUGGGUCGGUGGCAGUCCACCACAUCUGGGGACCCAGGGAUGCGUGAAGCUGGAGGGGACCUUCGAGUCUUCUUGCUACACAGCUGUCUUGCUUCUUCCUACCCCGUCCCCUCCUCACCCCGCGCUCCUUGCAUGCCUCCCCAUCCCCGAGUGCAGCUGGGUGUGAGGCUUCGUGGCGCCUUUCCAGCCCUCUUGCUAGGGCCGGCCGGUGAGUGGGGUUCCCUUCGUGCGUCCUGCAGCCGCGAGAGUUAAAGGCCACCCCCGCGGGGCCCUGUUCCCCUGCGUGCCGGCAUCCUCCGCCCCCUCUCUGCGUGCCCCUCACCAUGACCGGCUCCGCCGCCGACACUCACCGCUGCCCCCACCCCAAAAUCACCAAAGGCACCCGGUCCCGGAGCAGCCACGCGCGGCCCGUGAGCCUCGCCACCAGCGGGGGCUCGGAGGAGGAGGACAAAGACGGCGGGGUGCUUUUCCACGUGAACAAGAGCGGGUUCCCGAUCGACAGCCACACCUGGGAGCGGAUGUGGCUGCAUGUUGCCAAGGUCCACCCCAGAGGGGGAGAGAUGGUAGGCGCCAUCCGAAACGCUACCUUCCUGGCUAAGCCCUCGAUUCCCCAGGUCCCAAACUACAGGUUGUCCAUGACGAUCCCUGACUGGCUCCAGGCCAUCCAGAGUUACAUGAAGACACUACAAUACAACCACACAGGGACCCAGUUCUUUGAAAUCAGGAAAAUGCGACCUCUGAGCGGGUUAAUGGAGACAGCGAAGGAGAUGACCCGAGAAUCCUUGCCCAUCAAAUGCCUGGAGGCAGUCAUCCUGGGCAUAUAUCUCACCAACGGGCAGCCUUCCAUCGAGCGCUUCCCUAUCAGCUUUAAAACCUAUUUCUCAGGAAACUACUUUCACCACGUUGUGCUGGGGAUUUACUGCAAUGGCUACUACGGCUCGCUGGGCAUGAGCCGCAGGGCAGAGCUGAUGGACAAGCCACUGGCCUUUCGGACUCUGAGUGACCUUGUCUUUGACUUUGAAGACUCCUAUAAGAAAUACCUGCACACAGUCAAGAAGGUCAAGAUUGGCCUGUACGUCCCCCAUGAGCCUCAUAGCUUCCAGCCCAUUGAGUGGAAGCAACUUGUCCUCAAUGUCUCCAAGAUGCUGAGGGCUGACAUCAGGAAGGAGCUGGAGAAGUAUGCCAGGGACAUGCGGAUGAAGAUCUUGAAACCUGCAAGUGCCCACUCUCCAAGCCAAGUGAGGAGCCGGGGACAGUCCCUGUCUCCACGAAGGAGCCAAGCAAGCCCUCCGAGGAGGCUCGGCAGAAGAGACAAAUCCCACAACAAUCGGCCACACCAGCACCUUCAUCUGCAUCCGAGGAAGACAGCUGUUAGACAGCUACAGUUGCCUGCUCUGACGGAGAAGAAGGGGGCUGGCCUCAGCACUCUGAACGACGUGGGCUAUCAGAUCCGGAUCUAGCCAAGCCAGGCCGGCAAAGCUUCUAUGGUGCUCUUUUCUGCACUUUACCCAGCAGCUUCAGGAGGAACUGCAACGUGUGGAGUUUUGUGACUUUGAAGGACUUACCUGGAGAUAGAAUAUGAGUGGGUUUUGAAAAAUUCACUGGGCAGCAGGCAUGACUGGGCUGAAGUGAUAGACAAACCCCUGGGUUGACUGACUCCCUCACUCAGGAUCUCAACAAUGUUGACUGUGGUUUUCUACUUUUCCAUUUGCUGACUGUUCCGCUUGCUUUGGACAUUACGCCUCAGCUACAUUAACCGUCUAUGGAGUUCCUCCAACUUGUGGUACAGUAGGCGACUCCGCCAGUAUUACCGUCUUCUCAGCAAUAACAAGCAAAGAUGGGUGGGCCUUUUUUAAGCAGUUGAUAUUACCUCAACAUUUUGGCACCAGAUAUGCAAUCUUAAUGAGUUUUUUAUAUUCAAUUUGUAUGGUUUUCCUAUAGGGAUCUCGAUGGUUUAGAGGGCUUUUUGUUGUUUUUUUUUUCUGGUUCACACAUGAGAUGAGAUUUAAGUUGUUAUAUGCAAAUGCUUUAGAAGCACUGAAAUUCUGGCAAUAAGGGAAAACACUUUAGGAUCUUGGAGUCACUUUUCUUAAAGCAUCUGCUGACAGGUUUUCUUCUAACAAGCAUGCUAAGAAGCUCUAGUUCAUGCUGUUGCUAACAUUUAAGCCUUUUCUGAGGCAAGAAAAAGCACAAGAGAUCAUGUGCUCCUGAAAAACGCAGCAGCGCUGAAGACAUCCCAGACAGGAGGGCAGACGUGCGUCUGGCCAGCGCUGGUUCCUCGUGGCUCCUCGUGGUUAGUGUGUUCUGCUGCCUCCCAUGAAGGCAGACAUGACAGACUGUUUUCAGUAGCUGUCUUCAGGCAUUAGGAGGCACUGGGGGAACCAGGACCUUGGGGAGCAAGCCUGGCUUAAAGGAAAAGUCCCAGCACAGUGCUGUGCUUCAGUGUUACCCAGGCCCUGAAGCACAGAGAGCCUGCCUGUGGCCACUACAGCGCAGCUUCUGCCUGCAGACCACGAAGGAGGAAGCACAAGCGGGCUUCAAGCCAUUUGUCUUAGUGCAGUCACCAUGGUAACUCGGGUCCCCUCUGGCUGUGACUGCGAGCUCUAAGAAGUAAAUGGUCUGCUCCUGGAGUCUGCCAGGAAAUCUAGGGCCAUAGGAGGGCAAAAGCAUGUGCAAAAAUGCCCCAUUCCACCCUAAAGCCAGUAUUAUUAUUAUUAUUAUUGAAAAAUUGUUUUCUUGGAAAAGCUUAGUGUCCUUUAGACGACAGGACCAGGAAACUAAUUGUAAGCUUCAAAUUCUGAACUCAAUGGCUUUCUUCAGAGGAGUUCAAGAUGAGUUAUGGGCCUGGGCUGUGCUCACGGCUGGUUUGAUACUCAGCACCCAAGGAAGCAUCCUUCCUCUACACGUCCUCGCGAGCUACCUGUUGUCAGCCUCGGGCCGUGUGCAUUUAAAUGGUCCAAGAAGCAAUCUGGUAAGCGCAGCCACCAGACCAGGUGCCUGCAGCUGCCUGUGUCACGGGAACAGCGCCAGACAGCAGGACAACCUUGAUGCGUGGCACGGGGAAAGACAGCAGGCAGCUGAGACACUCUGUUGUUUAAUCUCCUUUGCAACUACUUUCUGACUUUUAGGUUCAAUUUUCAAGGCGAGGUUAGUCACAGAAUCAUUUAAAAAGCUCUUUGUCACUCAAUUAUACUGCCUAUAGUUACACUCCCUUCCAAAAAACAGAAGGAAGCCCUGAAACACCCACAUUCUAAUGCAAUAGUUUAUUGGAAUAAGGCGGCAAAAAUGAACCCAGCACAUUUUACCUCUCAGACUGACCUUAGCCCGGCUGUGAGGAGGAGGAAACUUAUGAGUUGACAGGAACGCGCUUAUCCCAUGCACCAUGGCAAGACGCACAGAGGAAUGUCAAGUCGCAAGCUGACUGCUGCUGGUCGUGACAGGUGGCCCGGGAGUUCCACAACAUGGGAAGCGUGAGCACGCCCCUUUCCUUGAGCCAGCGGUUUCACAGGAUGUCCUCAGCAGACAUGGGAGACAGGGACACCGUGGCAGCCCCUCAGCUCGCUCUACAGGGCUUUCACAUGCUAGACUUUUGUGUACAGCCUUGUGCAGUUUUUUGAAUACACUUCAGAUUCUUGUUUAUUCUCUUAGACUCUGAUCUGGCCAAUACAUUUUUAAAAAAUAGUUCAGAAGACCCAGGAUUGUCUUAGUGGGUAUUUUUCUAAGUACAUGAAGACUUGAUGGUAUUCUAUAGAACACCGCAAGUGCAUGCUUCAGGCUCGAAUCUCUCUCAUCACGUGUCCACACAGCAUGGAACUGUAAUAAAACCGUUCUGAAAACUGAA